AUGGGCGGCGUGAGCCCUGGCAUCCGCGCGGCCGUGGACGAGUUUGAGCGCAAGAAGGGCGGCUUUCGCGCCGACCACACGCACCGCGUGUCGACGCGCCACAUCUUCGCCAACAACCAGCUGCGGCUCGAGCAGAUCGACGUCGUCGGCUUUGACUACGACUACACGCUGUGCCACUACACGGUGGAGCUCCAGCGCCUCAUCUACGACAUGGCCAAGCACACGCUCGUGGAGCGGUAUCGGUACCCCGACGGGCUGCUCGCGCUGCAGUUCGACCCGUCGUUUGCGAUACGAGGCCUCGCGAUCGACAGCGAGAAGGCGCUUCUGUGCAAGAUCAGCUCGCACCAAAAGCUGUCGUACACGGGCGUCUUUCGCGGGCGGCAGCGCCUCUCCAAGCACGAGAUUCUGCAGCUCUACCACGGGUCCCGCCACAUCCCGAUCUCGUACCGCGACCGGUCGAUGAAGCCGCUCAACGACCUCUUCUCAGUCGCACACGCGUGUCUCUUUGCGGAUGUGAUCCAGUUCUUUAUGGACAAAAGCAUCACGUUUGAGCCACGCGCCGUGCACGAAGAUAUGGAUGCAGCGAUUGCCGACGUGCACACGAGCGGCCGCAUGCACAAGGCCGUCGUCAAGAACUUGCCCAAGUACAUGGAGCCCAACAAGAAGCUGCGGACGCUCCUCGAGCGCUACACGGACGAGGGGAAAAAACUGUUUGUGCUGACCAACAGUUCGUUCCGGUACAUUGACGCGGGGCUCAAGUACAUGGUCGGCGACGACUGGCGCAAGUUUUUCGAAAUUACGCUCGUGAGCGCCAAGAAACCGGAUUUUUACACGCGCUACCGCACCUUUCGGCUCUUUGACGUCGACCAGCGCCAAGUGCAGUGGCAAGCGGUCACCCGCCUCGAGCCCAACCACGUGUACACCCAAGGCAGCUUGCGGCAACUGAUCAUGCUCAAGGGCUGGGGCGGGCGACGCGUGCUCUACAUUGGCGACAGCCUCUUUUCCGACUUGGUCGAGCCCAACCGCAUCCUCGGGUGGCGCACCGGUGCCAUCAUCCGCGAGCUCGAGACGGAGAUUUCGAUCCAGUCGAGCGACGCGUACCAGGCGCUGGCCUACGAGCACGCGCUCGUGGAAGACCUCUUGCGCCACGUGCAGCGUCAUUUGUACAACGAGCAGUACGACGAGAACAUUGCGCUCUACAACGAGUACAUUGCAGUGCACUCGUCGCUCCAAGAGCGCAUGGAGGCGCUGAUCAACCCGAACUUUGGCUCGGUCUUCCGCGUCGAGUCGCAUCCAUCGCAGUUUGCCUUUUCCGCCCAACGAUACGUCGACAUUUACAGUUCGCGGCUCAAGAACCUCCUCGAGUACCCCAAGACGUACACCUUCUUUCCCGAGCGCACGCGUCUCCCGCACGACCCGACGCUGCAAGCACCUCGCUAGUGUCGUCUCGAUACAUGGAUACACAAACACGAAUUAUUCGAUUACCGA